GUCAAAUCAAAACCUCCAAAGCUCUCUCAAACUCUCACAAGCCCCAGCCCCCCUCAAAUUGUUUUCCUCAACUUUCUUUCCCCACCAACCCCUACCAAGCCAACCAAUGGAUCAGAGAUUCCAUGGCCUGCCUCCUCUCAAGAGAUUCAGACUUAUGCAACAACAAGAGCAGCAGGAAGAUACCCUUUUAGCCUCGUCGCGCCUUCCAGCGAAGAAAAGAAAAGAGGCAUGGCACCAGCCCCUUCUCCCUGACCCAUUUGCCGCCACCACUGCUGUCUCCACCUAUUCAUUGCCUGCCAAGAAAAGGGUUUGGGCCUUUCAGCCAGAUUUAAUCUCCGAGGACCCGCUUUCGACAUUGGACCUUAAUGUCGAGUACAAGGUGCCUUUUGGUGCAGAGUCAGAAGCAGUGGUGGAGAAAGAAGAAGAAGAGAAGGGUAUUAUUCAUGAAAAUGAUUGCAGUGAAGCUACUGAAAAUACCCAAGAAGAGAAAGGCCAAGAAAUUACUGGUGAUGAAGAUGACAAUGAAGAAGAAGAUGGGAUUGUUUGUGCUAUAUGUCAGAGCACAGAUGGAGAUGCAUCAGAUCCAAUCGUGUUCUGUGAUGGUUGUGAUCUAAUGGUUCAUGCCACCUGUUAUGGCAAUCCCCUUGUUAAGGGUAUUCCAGAGGGCGAUUGGUUCUGCUCCCAAUGCUCGCUUUCUUCUGCGUCUUCUCAAUCCACUGAGUCCUCUUCUUGCUGCCUGUGUCCUAUCAAGGGAGGAGCAAUGAAGCACACCAGAGAUGGCAGGUGGGCACACAUCGUGUGCGCGCUUUAUGUUCCUGAGGUGUUCUUCAAAGACCCCGAAGGCCGAGAGGGGAUUGAUUGCUCCAAGGUUCCCAAAAGGAGGUGGAAAGAGAGGUGUUAUGUUUGUAAGAGUUCAAGGGGAUGUGCUAUUCAGUGCUCUGAGCUUAAAUGUCCUUUGGCUUUUCAUGUGACUUGUGGAUUGAAUGAAGAUCUUUGCUUAGAGUACAGGGAAGGAAGGAAGCAGGGUGCUAUUGUAGCUGGGUUUUGUAAAACCCACUCAAAUCUGUGGAAAAAGCAAGAACAAACUGGGAAGUACAAGAUUGUGGCUAGAGAAGACUGAAGAGCACAAUUAGUUAGAUUGUGCAGAUUAAUAUAUAGAGCUUUGUGGUAUGGUAUACAAUGGAUCUGCUGGUUAGUGUUUGAUUAUUGGUUCUCUCUUUUGGGAAUUACAUGUUUCCGUGAGUUUCAGAUAUCUGUAGGGAUUUAGUGUUGGCUUAUUUGAUUAUUAUUGUGACUGGUGAUGUAUUUUAAUUACAUUCUAACUUAUUGUUGGUGCAUCUAGCGCUCAAGCUUUGAGCUAACUGGGUUAGAUGAAGAUAAACAUUAGAAUGACACUUCAGUUUAUGUGAUGAAAAUUUGCUCUCCAUAAAUGGGAUUUUAAAUUGUAUUCAUGGUGUUGUGAGUCUUUGUCCUCUUGGCAUUUGAUGUUAUAGGAUCAUUGUCAGGUUUCAUCUGAA